GCGAGAUGUUAUAUCACGACAGACCGGAAAACGACCACUGCCCGACUGAGGAAUUGAACCCCAGACCUUCCGAUUACCGGUCGGACGUACUGCCAUUACACUACCGGGCUGUCUUCUUCCGUCUUAGGAUCUUUCCAGGAUCCUAACAGUGAGAUCGGAGUUUGGACUAGGUCAAACUAAGAUCUUAAUUUUGCUUAGGUCAAUCCAAGAUUGGCCUGAAUCCGAGUUUGGACGUUGACAUAUCCACAAAGUACCGAUAUGAACAUCUGUUGUCUUCUACAGAAAACUUUUCCAAACAAAACAAGUCUUUUUUGCUUCUGAAUUUUGAAAAUUAACCUGAAAAAGGCUAAGAGAUAUUCUCAAUUUUUAAAUUUUAUCUUUGAUAUUUGUUUUAUGUUAUUAUCUCUUAUUUCAUGAUUUUUUUUCUUUUGUCUAUUUUUAGUUUCAAAACGUGGUUCUCGUAAUUCUUCGUUUUCGAACAGUACCACUGCCGGUACAUCAUCACCACAACGCGAUUAUUCACCUGUUACCGUUUCUUCAACUUCAAAUGAACAACAAAUAAAAGUACCAGAUCCUGGUAUACCCGGUUUCAUUACUCAACGAACAAAUCAACAACAACCACAAACAAUUUCCACUACAAUACCGACAACUACUAUAUCAAAUGAGACGCAACAACACCCAUCCGAAAUAGCAACAAACACAACAAAUGAACAGGAACAAGAAGAAAAGGUAAUAAAUGUAGUUAAACGAUAUGCAUCACAACUGAUAUGUGAACAGUUAUUUGUUUUUGUUUUGUACCAAAAACGUUAA